ACGGCCGUGGCACGGUAGGGAGCAGCCGCGACUCAGAUGAGCAAGUAGCCAGACAGCCUGCCCAGUCUGUUUUGAUUCAAGCUGAUGGCGGUUUAGAUGUCCAAAUCGAAAUUGCUACAGUGGCGGCAAGCGUUAGACAGCCAGCCUGCAUGCACCCCCAGCUCUUCGCCAGCAGAGAGGAAUGGUGCCGACUUGCAGCAAUCGGCAAUGACCUUCCAUGGUAUCAGCAUCCCCAUAACCACUGUAAAUUAUUGCUGAGCUAGAGGCAGAAGAUGACCAUCCCUGCCAGAUAACCACUGACCAGCAAGCCAAGACGGCACCAGCCAAGAGACAGACAAGCCCGUCUACUUCUCAGCUGCAGAUGAUGGGAGUGACCUGCCCAUAGGUUCCUCGAGGGGAAUGACUUCUCUCAGUUCUUUUCUUUGUGCCUCCUUAGUCCACCAGCAGUUUCAGCCAUCUCACUGAGAUCGUCUCCUGUUCCCCGCUGAGCAUGUCAGCUGCCAAUGUGUCUCAGCCUUGCAAGGAUUACCGCUUCAACCACCACCUCCUUCUGCCUGGCUAUAUCCUGAUCUUUACUACGGGUUUGACGCUCAACAUUAUGGCACUUUGGAUCUUCAUGCGCUACCUGCGCCUGAAGUCUGUGGUCAUGAUCUACAUGUUCAACCUGGCCGUGAGUGACCUCAUCUUCACGCUUCCUCUGCCACUGCGACUCUACUACUAUUCCAACCACUACUGGCCCUUUGAUGACUUCCUGUGCCAGGUCUCUGGCUCCGUCUUCCAGAUUAACAUGUAUGGUAGCUGCCUCUUCCUCAUGUGCAUCAACCUGGACCGCUACAUUGCCAUUGUCCACCCGCUCCGCUGGCGGCAUCUGCGGCGCCCCAAAGUGGCCAGGCUCCUUUGCCUGAUCGUUUGGAUUAUGAUCCUCAUGGGCUCCAUCCCCACAGCCAUGGUCCACAAGCAAAACCACUGUAUGAUACAGAAUCAGACCAUUCAUCUGUGCUUUGAAAGUUUCAGUGACAACAUGUGGCAGAACAACCUCUUCCCUCUCGUUGUCCUGGCUGAGAUCCUGGGUUUUCUCCUGCCUCUGAGCUCUGUGACGUACUGCUCAAUUAGGAUCUUUUGCGAGCUCUGCAAGGUCAGCCAGACGAGGAACCUGCGACAGCAGAAGACCAUCCGUCUCCUCUUGGUCAAUCUGGUCAUCUUCAUCAUCUGCUUUGUGCCUUACAACAGUACCCUGGCAGUUUAUGGGAUGAUAAAAGCCCACAUGCUGAAGGUUGAGGAACAAACACAAGCAUCUGUGCGCCAAGUGCUAAUUGUGACAAUGCUGUUGGCCAGCAUGAACUGCACGCUGGACCCUCUGAUCUACUACUUUAGCACUGAGGGUUUCCGAAACACCUUUAAGAAGCUGCAGCGGGGACAAGCCUGGGACUCAGAUAUAGGGAUGCUGAAGAAUCAGGUUGUGGAAAAUAAGUCCCACCAAGUCCAUACUUCCUCAAAAAUGAAACAGUUUCCAGCUGACCAUUUUAUCCAUCCCAGUGAAUCUUUGCCAUCACUUCCUACUACAAUAUUCCUGAGUGCCCCUAUUGAGGACUCGGAAAUAUAACCACAAAAAGGUCAUGUCGUUGCUGAGUUGCAGAGUGGCUCAUUCAAUAGUUAAACAAAGAUGGUGGGAAACAGGUCAGGGUAAAUUAGCAAACUGUUUGAAGGAGGGAGCACAGCAGGUUGUAUGUGGGUGAACUUGAUGAGACAAAGAUGAAGGAUGAAAGGUUGUUUUGAAUAAAUAUGCUGGUGACAUGGUCCCACCUAAAUCUUCUGGUACAGGAAACAUACAGUGGGGAAAAAAGUGCUUGAAACAAACCUACUGUGUCUAGUUCUGAUCAGCAUGGAUUCCUAUAGCAAGUCCAUCCUGUCCAAGCACCUCCUUGUUGCACGUGUAACUGGAAGGUGAAAUGGUUGUUGGAAUAAUUAGAACACAGAUAUGGUAGUCAUUGCUGAUAGAGUGAAUUUAGUAGUAAAGACUGAAGAACACCUUAUUUUUUUCUUUUUAGCUGCAUGUCUCGGUUUGAGUCCUAAGUUCAGUUAGUGAAUUUAGUAGUAAAGACUGAAGAACACCUUAUUUUUUUCUUUUUAGCUGCAUGUCUCGGUUUGAGUCCUAAGUCCAGUUUUGGGCACCCAAUUAAGUGAUUUAAUUUUCAAAAAGU